AUGUAUUCGCGACUGGCGAAGGUACAGACGGGGUCGUUCAGCACCGUGUACCGGGCGUACGACACAGAACGCGGGCAAGAGGUGGCACUGAAGAUCAUCGAGAAGCCGGCGGACGCGGAGCUGGCACGCAAGCUGACGAGACUGGUGGGCAGCGAGCGGGAUAUCCUGAGGGCGCUGGGCACGCAGCAUCCGAACGUGUGCGCGAUGCUGGACUUCUACGAGCGCGAGACGUGCUACGUAUUUGUGAUGGAGUACGCGGCGCGCGGAGACCUCUACGACGUGAUCCGCGGGUGGCGCAAGGGCGGGGCCGCGGGGCGGGAGCAGGUGGACCUGGCCCGAAUCGUGGUGCAGCUGUGCUCGGCGAUCCAGUACGCGCAUGUGCGGGGGAUCGCGCACCGCGACAUCAAGCCCGAGAACGUGCUGCUGGACAGCGCGGGCAACGUGAAGCUGGCGGACUGGGGGCUGAGCUGCCGCGCGCGCGUGUCGCAGGACACGCGCAUCGGCACGGAGAAGUAUUUGGCGCCGGAGGCGUACAGCUGCGCGCACGACACGUUUCUGGCGGACUUCUGGUCGCUGGGCGUGACGCUGCUGUUCGUGAUGUUCGGCGCGUGCCCGUUCAAGAACGCGUGCCUGACCAAGACCCCGAACAAUCCGAACUUCGCGCACUUCUUGGCGAACCCACACCGCUUCAUUUCCGAGUAUUACUUCCGCCCGCUGCACGAGCGCGGCGCGGGCACGAAGGGCAGCCCACAGCUGCGCCGUGACAGCGUGGGCGUCGAGGGCCCCGCGGAGUGGCUGGCGCUACCACAGGCGCUGCUGCCGACGGAACGCGAGAGGCUACUACUGCUUUGCGCGACCUGCGUGGUGACAUGCCUGCUGGUGAUCAACCCGCGCGCCCGCAGCAUGCAGGAGUUCUUGCUACGCAUGGCAUCGUUGCUACCGCGCGGCGAGUCCAAGAGCCACGCGGUGCCCCAGCAGCAGCAGCAGCGCCAGUCCCCGGACAAGCUCGACACGGACUUCUUCUACUCGGGACUGGUCACAGACCCGGACGCCGUGGCCUCGAUCUACGGCGCGGGCAGCUGCUCCGGAAGCUCUACUUCGGACGCUGCUACGUCCAGCGACCUCGCCGAGUCUACGGGCUCGGAACAAUCAUCGCAAUCAGCGCAGUCGACCCAGUCGCUGCCCUCUGCACCUUCCGCGCGCCCGGCGCAGCCCGCCAAGAUCCUCUCCGAGGAACUUGAGCUCUGA